AUGACCGUUUGCCUUCCGGUGCCUAAAUCGCGAGGAAUGGGGGAACCGCCUACCACAGAACGUGCCUCGUGGGAGUCAAGGCCCAACUACCUCGAUACUUAUGGAAGUGCAGCAUGGGCACCUUUCUCGGCUGCUUCCGCCGCAACACAAGGUGCCUGUUCCCGCGUCAUACAUGAAGAGACUGCGACUCAUUUGGGGAGUCCCCGAAACCAUUCCGCCCGGGGUCUGGUUAAGGGCAAAUAUCGGUGGCCGGCCAGGCAGCCGAACCCAACAUCAGCCCUGCUAGAUAGCCAUGAACCUUUACGUCCCACCACCUCAUGCAGCCUGCUCUGUAACCGCUGCGCCACCCUUGUUUCGGGCUGUUGGACCAAGCCCUCGGCUCGCACAGCGCAACCGUGA